AUGCAACAAAUAUAAAUACAAACUGCCACUCAAGACAAAGCUGCCUACAAUAGAAAUGCAUAAAAAAUCAUUGACAAACUUCAUGCUAAUGACCCUGAAUUAAUUGAUGCCACCAUUGAAUAUGCUCUCCAUGUUUUCAAUUCAAAUGAACCACCCUUGAGGAAAUUAUUAAUCUUGAGACUUAUCAAAGAUGCAAUCGUUAUCAAAUCUGCCAAAUUUAUAAACAAAUACAUUUAAACUAGACCUUUGUUGACAUUCAUUGGAAAUAUCUGUACUCAUAAAUUAGGGGAUGGCAAUCCCAAUCGCGGUGCUGAUUUAUUUCAAGGAUAAGAUCCCCAAUCAAGUGUUGAAUUCUUAAACUUGGCCCUUGAAUUGGUUGAACAUCUUGCCACCAAAUUUCCAAAAGAUUCAAAAGGUUCACCCACUAAAUUCAAAAUCCAAUAUGACGAAUUACUUUAAAUGGGAGUUAAAUUCCCACCUUCAUCAAGUCUCAUUUUGCCAUUUGAUCCUAAUAAGGCUUCCCAAGAACCUAUUUCAAAACAACUUGAUAAUAAUAAAUAAAGGGAUGAAACCAUGCUUUAACUAAAUCAAAGAAAAUAGGCAAUUUAAUAAGACAUUGAGAUGAUUAAUGAAACCUUGGUUAAUGAUUCUGAUAUGGGAUACAUAAAUGAAGUUUUAGUUACUUAUAGUGAAUCUAUGAAUGUAAUGGAAAAGUCGUUUGAAAAUCUCAUCCGUAAAGCAGAACAGUAUGAUGGCGUUUUAAAUGAGGAUGAACUAGCAGAACUCUAUUCCCUUAAAGAUUUUGUAUAGAAAUUCUAAAAAUAUUAUUAUGGUUAUCUUGAAAAGGAAUGUACUCCAGGAGCUUAUAAUUCAUUGAAAAAGAAGACAUUAGCUCAUAUUUAGAAAAUAUAAAAUAAGGAUUUUGAUUACCCACCUCCUAAAUAAUAGAAAGAAUUAAAGUAACAAAAUUUAUAGUAAUAACAAUAUUCAUAAUUUUAAAAUGAAGAUGAGAUGCUAAGAAGAGCUAUCGAAGAAUCAAAAAUACAAUAAUAACAUUCAUAAAUAUAAUAGAAAUAAAUUGAAGAAUAAAAAAAAUAAGAAGAAAUUAAGAGAUAGUAAGAAGAAGAAUUAAGAUUAGCCAAAAUUAGAGAAGAGUAAAUUAAGUAGGAAUAGUUGAGGAUUGAAGAAUAAAAAAGGGAGAAUGAAAGAAAGGAGCAAGAGAAAUAAGAAUAAAUUAGAUAGGAAUAAAUUAAGUAAGAAUAAAUAAGAUUAGAAGAGAAGAAAAGAGAGCAAUUAAAACUAGAAUAACUAAAAUAAGAAUAAAAUAGAUUAGAAGCUGAAGAAUAAUUAUAAAAAUAGAAAAAAUAAAAAGAAAUUGAGGAUUAUUGGAACAAUUAAUUUCAAACUCCCAAUCCAGAUAAUUAGUAAUACAUGACACCAACAAAAUUAGGAUCAUAUGUAAAUUAACAGUAAUAAUAAUAAUAAUAAUAAUAAUAAUAGUAGUAAUUUUAGUAAUAUUAGUAAUAAUAAUAUUAGUAAUCAUCAUUUUAAUAAUAAAAGUAAAACUAAUAGUAAAAUAAUAUUAAUUAGAACUACAUUUAUUCUACUUUUGACUAAUAAAAUCAAUAAAAAUAAGCUAAUGCUAAUUAAUUUGAAAAAAAUAAUAAUUUAUUAGAAAUGCCAAACUAAAAUUAUCUGCAUGGAGAAAAUAAAAGAGAAUAACCUCCUAUGAAUCAUUUAAACUCUAAUAUAGCAAAAAAGAAGGAGUUUGAUGAAAAUUUUGAUGGAUUAAGCUAAUCCACUUUAACUUAAUAAUAUUUCCCUUUGAAAAUGGAUCAAUAGAUACCAAUCAAGUAGUAUACAGGAAAGUAUGCUAAAUAUGACAAUUCCUAAUUUGAGUUAUUACAUACAUAUGGUUUAUCAGAAUCUUAAAAGAAGCGUUUUAAACUCGCUACUAUAAAGGGUAAAGCUGCAUUAGUAAAUUCCCCUUAGCUUUAAGUAGGAAUAAAAUAAGCAUUACAAUAUGUUCCUUUGAAGGAGAAAAACUAUUUAAAGUUAAUUUUAUAUAUUGGAAAUAAGACCCAAUCAAAUUUCGAAAGGUGCAAGAUGUAAUUCGAAGGAGAUAAUAAACAAUUUUCGAUGUGGCUAAAGCCAGAUAAGAUUCCUGAUAAAAUUGAACCAGGUCAAUAAGUUUAAUAAGAAGUAAUAGGAAUUUUUAAAUAGUUUGAAAAUUAUAGAUUGGUGAAUGUAGUAUUUUCAGCUGAGUGGGCUAACAAAUAGAUAACAUCAAACUUCUUUUUAACAACAACAUUAGUCUCCUUUAUGGAUUUCAAGGAUAUAAGUUUAUAAGUCUUUAGAACAAAAUGGAGAUAGAAGAAAUAAUAAAUUUUCAGAGGAGAUACAUUUUUGUUGAAUCCAAAAAUUGUAAAAACAGGAAAUUAUUUAAAAAAAAUAUUUCCAAAGUUAUGUGAAUUCAAUUCAUAUCAAUAAUUUUAGGAUCAAUAAUUGGAUUAUUUUAAUGAUAGAUAAUUAAAAUACAUCACUUAUAAACUUUGUGGCAUUUUUGAAUUGACAAAUGUUAAUUAAAAUUACAUGAUCAAAUUUAUAGUAUUACCGAAUAUGCAAUGUACAAUAUAAAUUAUUGGAAAUAACGAUCAUUUAUGUAAAUAAAUGUUGAAUACACUAAAUUGGAUAUUAGGCUUAGAAUGA